AUGUUUGUAGCGGGAGAUGAGUCGAAAGAUGGACAAAAACCCAUGGUGGAAUUGCAAUGGUACCAUGUCGCCAUUGCUUCAACUCUCAUUCUCACCAAUGGUAUUCUUUCAAUCAUUUUGGGACUUGGUCUUGAGAAGCGUUUGUUUAUCAGCGCCAUUCGCUGUGUGGUUCAGCUAAGUAUUAUGGGUUUGGUGCUCGAAAACAUAUUCAGCGCCAACAGUCCAGUGUUGGUCAUACUCAUGGCGCUGUUACUCACUUCCUUGGGUGCCUAUGAGGCUGUGUUCAAUGUGAGCAAGCGUCGCCACAUCUACAUGGUAACUUGUUUAAUCAUUGGAACGUUUGGAACGAGACUUGCCAUGGGUGUUGAUCCACUUCACUCCCCCAAGGAAUUUAUCCCAGCAUUGGGAAUGUUGCUUGGAAACACAAUGACAGCCAUCUCUUUAGGCCUGGAUCAAUGCCUUAGUCAACUCAGCGAGAAUAAGGAAAAGAUCGAACUUUACUUGUCCUUGGGUGCCUCUCGUUGGGAAGCAUGCCGUCCAGUUGCAAUCGAGGCUAUGCGUCGUGCUAUGUUACCUACUAUUAAUCAGAUGAGCAUUAUUGGAUUGAUUUCGAUCCCAGGGAUGAUGACUGGUCAACUUAUUGCAGGAGCAUCUGUCAUGAAUGCUGCCAAGUCGCAGCAAAUCAUUAUGUUCUUGAUCUCGGGUGCUGCUGCAUUCGGUACUCUUUCCUCUGUCAUGGUAGGAUGCGCUAGUAAAAAAAAAGUGCAUUUGUUCAUAAAGGCAAUGCUACAAAUAAUCACAGUCUGUGAUAUAUGA